GUGAGCGCCAGGGCCCGAGGCGGCGCCUCACCCGCCCCCUCGCAGGAUGCCAGGCACCCCGCAGCUGGCGAGGUGGGCGCAGCGCGCGGGGCGCGGGAGGCGCGCGGGGUUGGAGAGGAGCGCGUGCCCGCCUCCGCUCCGCCUCCGUCCGGGGACGCGGGUGCGGUGGCCCCGGCGGAGGAUCUCAGGGGGCAGGGCAAAGACAGCGAGGAGGGGCACCGGGGGAAGCGGGAGCGAUAAAAGAAGGCAAGGCUGCCCCACCCCGAGGCAGGCCGGUGGGCAGUCUCUUGCGUCCCUUCCGUCCGGCCUGUGUCGGCGGCGGCGGGGAGGCGCGCGGCCCGCUGCCGGCCCAUGGAGGCUUUCCCUUGGGCGCCACGCUCGCCCCGCCGCGCCCGCGCCCCCGCGCCUAUGGCGCUCGUGCCCAGCGCCCGCUACAUGAGCGCCCCGGGCCCGGUGCACCCGCAGCCCUUCAGCUCUUGGAACGACUACCUGGGGCUCGCCACGCUCAUCACCAGGGCUGGAGACCGGGGCUCCCCGCCCUCCUCGUCCCACUGCUCCUCGCACGAAGGGUCCGGGCCCUUGGCGGCGGGACCCACGCUGGGGCCGCCGGACGACGAGGAAGACGACGAUGGCGAUGAGCCAGGGACCCGGGACCGCUACCUGGGGGGCGCGCUGGAACUGCGCGCGCUAGAGCUGUGCGCCGGCACCGCCGAGGCCGGGCUGCUGGAGGAGCGCUUCGCUUCGCUGAACCCAUUCGCAGGGCGCGCCGCCGCGGCGGCGGUGCUGCUGAGCUGCGCGCCCGCCGCCUCCGCCGCCCCCACGGCCGAGGUGACGCCGCGCGAGGAGCCGGGCCCUGCGUGGGCGGCAGAGCAUCGCCUGCACGCGGCCUCCGGGGCGGCCGCCGCACGUCUGCUGAAACCGGAGCUGCAGGUGUGUGUGUUCUGCCGGAACAACAAGGAGGCGGUGGCGCUCUACACCACACACAUCCUCAAGGGUCCCGACGGCCGAGUGCUGUGCCCGGUCCUGCGCCGCUACACGUGCCCCCUUUGCGGUGCCAGCGGCGACAACGCACACACCAUCAAGUAUUGCCCGCUCUCCAAAGUGCCACCGCCCGCUGCCCGCCCGGCACCGCGCAGCACCAGGGACAGCCUGCCCAACAAGAAGCUACGCUAGGGCUGGGCUGCGGACACCUGAAGCCAUGGUCACGCCUCCUUUCCCCUUUGGCUCAACUUAGGAAGUAGUCUUGGUUUUGCGGGAGCCGGCGGGGCGCAGCACUUUACAGUAGAGUGGGCUGGUCUCUGACGUUGAAAUCUUGAAUUUUGUCUCUAGUUUCUAAAGCGUGCAUCCCGAAUCGUUGAGAGCUGGGGUCUAAGUGUGGCGACUGAAGCGUUGUUUACUGUAUACAUUGGCCUAUUUUAGGUGCGCAUCAGUGUGAAACUGUCUCUGACUUUGGAUGUUUCGUUUUGUGAAUGGAGGCACUUUAUUAGCUCUAGAGUAUUUUUAAUAGCCUCUGAACUUGAGUGUGCAAAACUAACCAUUUUAUGGGAUGUUGGCAAAUGUCUAUUUUAUUGUUUGAUGCAAUUUAUUAAUUUUUUAAGUUUGUCCUUAACUCUAAUUGAAGGUAAAACAAUUUAGUACACUUCCCAGUAUGAAUUUGAGAGAAUGUUCCUCCUCAUGUCUUGUUUCUGUCCUAGCUGGGAGGCUUAAAGGCACAAUCUGUAGCAGGUAGAAUAGUUCCUUAACCUUUUAUGUAUCAGAUACUUUACUGAAUUAGCAAGUAGCCCUCCCCACCCUUAAAAUUAACUGUGCCAAGUCCUAAUCAUAUCGUGUACAUAUUUGGAAAUGGUGCUGUUUAAGACUUGUGUAUUUAUACAGUGUCAGUAUAUUAAUACGUUAAUCUACCCCUGUAAAUCCUACCUAGCAUUUUCUCAAUGCACCAUCCCCAGACCUGUCCAAUUCUUUCUGAUGCUGAGAUCCAAGAGAGCAGUGUGAAAUUGCUCAUUAUCAGACUUCCUAAAUAGAAAACGGGAAACUAUGAAGCAAUAACCUGAAAGUUAUUAUUCCAGAAGGUUCUACUCUGGGCUGUCCUGCCUUCAGAUAUACAGGUGUGCCAGAAUAAACACCAUUUAAAGGCUCCAA